AUCGGACCUUGCUCUCAAUUUAAUUGUCUUAUAAGAGUUCAUCGUGAGAACCUCGAUUCGUCCUUUUACUUAGGAACGAUCGAAAGGCUCCCAUGGCUCUUCAAAGUUCCUUGUGUCGGGUCCCAAGCCAAUUGCGUCAAUUGACUACCAAAGUCUCUGGCGCUCGUUUCUACUCGGCUCCUGUCAGUGGAAGCAUUCCUGCUUCUAAGAGGAAAUAUGUCCCGACUAGCGGUACUUAUCCGCAAGGAUUCAAAGUCUCGGGAACGAUAGUUGGUGUCAAACCGAAAAAUACCACCAAGCCCGACCUUGCUUUCAUCACUUCAACUACGCCAUGUGCUGCAGCGGCCGUAUUCACCAAAAAUAAGUUCCAAGCUGCGCCGGUAACUUUUAGUCGCGCACUUCUACAAGAACAGAAGAACUUUGGGCUUCGAGGUGUAAUUAUCAAUUCAGGAUGUGCCAAUGCCGUGACUGGAAAAGGCGGUUUAGAAGACGCUGAAAAAAUGGCCAAGGCGGCGGACAAGGUCCUAGGUGCUGAUAAGUCAACAAUCGUGAUGAGUACUGGCGUAAUUGGGCAAAGACUUCCGAUCCAGAAAAUCUUGGACGGAGUUCCUAAAGCCUACGAAGGCCUUGGAGAUACUCAUAAGCACUGGCUGACAUGUGCCACCGCUAUCUGCACAACAGAUACGUUCCCCAAGUUGAUCUCCAAGACGUUCAGACUGCCAUCAUCGCCAUCGAUUGAAUAUCGUAUUGCCGGAACGACUAAAGGCGCUGGGAUGAUUCAUCCGAAUAUGGCAACGCUCUUGGGUGUCAUCGCUACUGAUGCUCCUAUUUCAUCCUCUGUCAUUCCACCCGUUCUUAAGUAUGCCGUAGACAGGUCUUUCAAUAGCAUCACAAUUGACGGAGACACGUCUACAAACGACACGGUAGCUUUACUGGCCAAUGGAGCAGCGGGAGGCCAGGGGGUAACUACGGAAGAUUCGGCAGAUUAUAUCGCAUUCCGGGAUGUUGUUACCGACUUCGCGACCGACCUAGCCAAGCUUAUCGUACGGGACGGAGAAGGUGCUACUAAGUUCGUUACUAUUCGCGUAACCGAGUCUUCGAGUGAAGAAGGCGCUCGAAAGAUUGCAAGUACCAUUGCGCGAUCGCCUCUCGUCAAGACGGCACUCUACGGCAAAGAUGCAAACUGGGGACGGAUCCUUUGCGCUACCGGCUAUUCGCUAAUCAGCGAGCCCGGACAUCCCGUUAACGACGUGGAGGAAAUAAUCCCCGAGAAGACCAACGUGUCUUUUAUUCCCACGGAUGGAAGCCCAGAGCUGAAACUUCUCGUCAACGGCGAACCAGAAACGGUUGAUGAGACCCGAGCGGCGCAGAUUCUUGAGUUAGAAGACCUCGAGAUCCUUGUGAGACUCGGAACCGGUAAGAAGGAGGCUACUUACUGGACUUGUGAUUACAGCCACGAGUAUAUCACCAUCAAUGGGGACUACCGUACCUAAAUAUGAAAUAUGAAAUAUGGAUGACGCGGUAAAGGAUCUCGUUUGAGUAGGAAGGUCUCUUCCUAUUGGCUUCUCCAUAAUAGAUCUCUCAUACGAGUAGUUUGUAGGUGUAUAUAGCGUAAAGGAUAAAUGAGAUGGAAUGACUGAGAUAUGAACCUUAUGAAUGCUAAUGAUUCUCCGUUAACGGAUUAAGUAAUGAACAUACCUAGAACGAAUAUUAGGUAGUUCCUUUCUUUAUUGCAUAAAAUGUACCUAGCUAUUGCCCCACCCUGCCCCACCAGUUAAAGCUCAGACGC